UGUUCUUGGCAGGAAGAGGAAACAAUAGCUGAGCAGUCACUCCAGCUCAUCCCUUGUGCAUUCAGCUGCUGUAUGAAACAAGUUCAGGCGGCUAACCGUUGGAUGGAGUCGUUUCUUUUAGAAGUAUCUGAAAUGCCUUACAAUGCGUUAUUCUUUUAGCGCUGGCGAUGUUUCCGGGCAGUUGAUCAGGGAGAUCUGUGUGGGAUGGAAAGGCAGGCUGAUAUCUGAUCUCCUCCCUGGACUUUGACACAAUGCCAUGGGGAACUGCUGGACUCAGUGCACAGGGCUCUUCAGGAGAGAGGCGAACAGGAUCCAGAGAGGAGGAGGGUCUAAAUACUUCAGAAGUAGCACAACUGGAGAACACUGUACAAUAGAGUUUGAGAAUCUUGUGGAGAGUGAUGAGGGCGAGAGUUCACAGAGUUGUGCCAGGCCCAUCAGUGAAGAGGAGAUCAGCCAUCUGAAGGAGCAGUGCUAUGCUGCUAUUGCUGAUAAGCAGACGCUGAUCGACGAGAAGCUGAACGCGGAGUUAGUGGCACAAGAGGAGAAGUUAAGGCUAGAAGAGGAGGCUAUAGUCGCAGCUCAGCGCGAGGCUGCUCGGCUCGCAAAGGAGCGAAAGCUAAAGGAGCAGCUUGCACAGACGAAAACCGAAGCAGAGGGCGACAGCUCACAUCACAAACAGCCAUCAGGUGGAGAGUUUGAAGCGUACCUACAGUGUGUGAAGGCUCAGUCAGAGGCAUUCCGCAGUAGCCGACUCUCCUCUGAGACAAAUCUAGUGACCCCGAACACCGAGAGCAGCUGGGACUUCACCUGCAGAACUCGCUCCACUAAUGACGAUGCCACCUCACUCGACCUUGAGUGGGAGGAUGAGGAGGGUAUGAAUCGGACGGGUGCUGCAUGGGAGCGCUCGAAGACCGAGGAGGACAUCCUGCGAGCUGCACUCCGUCCUGUCGGUAAACCAUUGGAUAGUGGGCCAGCUUCUGCUUCAGAGGACUCCAACGCUCUUGAGUGGGAGAACGACUUUGUCAGUGCACAUGCCGAAGACAGUAGUGAGCAGUGUGAUGAGGGAUUCAUUAAUCCAGUACUGGACACUCCAUCUGAGGCAGAGCCUAAUGUUGACCAGCAGGACAGAUAAUCCCAGGUGGAAGCAAAGGAGGUGUAGAGUUGAGUCCAUCACUUGACUAGCUCUAUUGUAUGUAAAUUAUUAAUUUAGCCUUAUUUUAAGAUUGGUCUUUGAAUCAAGUGCAAUUUUUCAAAUUCGGGCUGUUGCAGAAAAAGUUUUAAGGGAUGUUUGAGGUAAUCAUGCCUGUCUGUAAUUUAGUCAUAAUUGCACUCAACUUUUCUUUUCUUAUUGGGAAUGGGCUUCAUCUUUACAGAACAAGCCCAUGACCACAGUGGUGUACUAGGCCUACCUCACUGGAAUCAAGGAGAGGUACAUAAAUGCUGGUGUUGUGGGUUGGGUUGGGUCUCCCCCCCUUCCUUUCUUUUCUUUGUAGCUUGCUUAAGAAAACUGACUGGUGCCUGAUAUCCCAGCCAUCCACUUAGCAUCAAGCUGUCUUUUUUACACAUUUCAGCAAAGUGGAACCUAUAUGCUGGAGUAUACAGACAUGCAUUUAGGGGGAGAAUUCUCCCUGUGUCUCUCUAUCAACCCUUAUGUUGAUCUACCAGUCUUGUAUCACGAAAAAUCCAGGCCACAAGUGUAUAGCUGCAAUUUCUAAAAAUGCCUCAUGAACACCACCCUAUCCAUGAAAACGUAAUGCGUGCGCACACAAGUGCUUUAAAAGUGUGAAAUUUACACAUGCAACACCUUUUUGAGUUGCUGGAUUUGUCUUGAUACCAAAUUAUGACUGAAAAACACAAUUUGUAUCUGUUAUGGAUUUAUUUGUAGUUCCUUGCCUGAUCUUACAAAUAUUAGUUAAAUAAAAUGUACUUUAUUCUCAAGUAAGUUUACAAGCCAGAAUGCACUAUCUUUAAUCACUGGAUAGCAAUUAAUGACAAACAACUGCCAUUAACAUUUCACAUAUCUGUACAAUCUCUCUUUACACAAGUAAGAUGAAAUGCGUUUCGUGAUCCUAUUGGGCCUCAAUAGUGACAAAUUUGUCAAAUUUAUGAAUUAAGUGUGGUGAGAGGUCUGUUUUUGGCCCUCUCAUAUGAAUAUACAGUACCCUCUUCAUGUUUAAAAAUUAUCAUACUUUUAAACAUGCUUAAAAUGUUGUGCCUAGUUGGGACACUAUAGCUCACUGCACAGGGCCCGCCCACCCUUUCUUGCCCUCUUCCUUCCCUCCUUCCUUCACCUCCCAUUCACCUUGGGAUUUAGAGCUUUAAUUUUGUGUGGGGGUGGGGUGGGGUGUUAAUUUUCAUUGCCACUGGUUUGUAUAAAUAGCGAAUAUGUGGCAUUAAAAUACUUUUUUGGUGCAUUCCAAACAUUCAAACUUAAAUGCGAAGAUCACAUAGAGUUGCACAUGUUUGCUCAUCUACACAAUGGGGUGUUUGUAAAUAAAGGAGCACAUUUUAUAUCUCUCUGCAUAUCUCACUGAAAACAUUAGAGGGCAAAGAUUGAACGCAAUAUACCUGUAGUUUGGGAAAUCCGUCCUCUUGAAGUUUGACUGCUAAUAAAAACGAGCCAGAUCAGAAA